GAAACGCUUCUUUUAACAGCAGCAAGAGUUAAGUCAGUCACCUCGGUCGCUUGCUAGACAAAAUAGCCGAACCAAUAUAGCUCUUUAGAUGCAUUAGUGUAUAUUAGCCACUGUGUUUUAAACCCACUUCUGUCGUCGAGUUAGUUAUCCGAUUUAAUUUCAUAUUUACGGUGUUGUUAUUAGUCAGCUAGCGGGCUGGUUAAGUUAGCAUUAGCCUAGCCAGCUAACAUCCCAGACCAUGCGAUCACUAAGCUACUCUUCUGCCCAAGAAGAGGAGGAUAUCACACUGAAACAAGAAGUAGAGGGUGAGGCCGUUACUGUGAAAGAAGAGGAAGACGCGUUCAGAGUGAAAGAGGAGGAGGAUGUUACAGUAAAAAGAGAGGAGGAUGCAGUUUAUGGAGUGGAAGAGGAGGAGGGAGAGAUGACUGUUACAUCGAAAAAGGAGGAGGAGGAGGAAGAAGAGGAGGAAACUGGAUACCUGGUCCCGGUUUCCCAAACGCAUCUUAAGGCAUCCAAUGGUUCUAACGAUGAAUUUAACCGUAAGAUGGUUUUGAGAAACCGUUCUCUGAUUAACACUAGAGAGAGACAUGACUAUCGUAGAUCCUCGGGGGAGCUUCAACAACAUCAUGAUGCUGACGAGGCAGAGAAGAGUCUCUCCACAACAGAACACCUCAAGAAAGACCAGCAGAGACCCACAGGGAAGAGAUCUCACCACUGCUCUGAUUGUGGGAAGAGAUUUACCUCAUCAGGCAUUAAAAUUCAUCAGACAAUCCACACAGGACAGAAAUCUUUUAGCUGUAUUCAAUGUGGGAAGAGUUUGACUCAGUCACCCAGCCUGAUAUCACACCAUAGAACACACACAGGAGAGAAACCUUAUAGCUGUGCUCAAUGUGGGAAGAGUUUUACUACGUCUAGCAAGCGGACUACACACCAUAUAACACAUACAGGAGAGAAAUCCCCAGCUGUGGUCAGUGUUACCAGAGAUAAUCUGAUAAAAUACCUCUGAUCAAACAUCAGAAAAUACAUACAUGAAGUAGUUGUUUCAUGAUAUCAAUGAAUUAAUGUCACAAUGUAGAAUGUUUAAACAUUGUACUAGGAGUAUUUUAAUGUCACAAUGUCGAUCCGUAAUCAUUUGCCCCCUGUUCUAUUGAUUUCAACUUGAUAGGGAUAUUAGCCUCACGGGAAAAUCCAGGCUCUGAAAUGAGUUACUAUUUAUGUGAUUUAACAAAAAGUGACUAACAAAAAAAGAGAUGUGUUGGCGACCCACUUGAAUCAAAAUGUAGCAAUCUGUUUUUUACAAAUUCUCCUCUAACCAGUGAUGUACAUAUUAUUCCCAGAUUCCGUGUGGGUUUUGAGCUGUUAGUUUUAACAGGAUGUGCAACCUCAUCUCCCUCCUCUCGCACAAAUGAUUUUUGCGAUGAGUUAUGACAAAUAAGUGUUGUGUUCGUUUGUUUAGCGACCCCUAAAUUUAAAUGCAUCACUCCAAAAUGUAUCUGACUGUCUUCUGCAGGUUGUCCUGUAACCAGUGAGGUAAAUUAUAUCUCCCAUUUCCAUGUGUUUUUUUAGUUGUGUUAGUUUCAACAGUACGUACAACCUGAUUUCCCCCCUAAUCGAUAUGUCAUUUAUUGCUACUUGUCAAAACAAGUGUUUUUGGUGCUUGUGCAGUUUAUAAGGAGCUUGUUUAAAAAAAUACAAGUAAUACGAUUAUUGUGGCAGAUGUUUGUGUGUAAAUAAACAUAACAUGUGCUAGGUUUUCAAUUUAUCCCAAACUGUUUCUGCAUAUUGGUUAUUGAUUUGGACACGUUAAAACUGUGUUUUGACAUUGGGCUAUCCCACCUAGCAAAAUGUAAUUGAAAAGCAGUUG